AUGGACAAUAUCUUUGACGCAGUCCUCGAUACGGAGGCAGCCUACCACCACACAAACGCCCCGUCGCAGCCACCCCGUCUUAACGAAAAUAGUCCAGAGAAACGGGCAGGACGGGCCUCGCUACCAGGAGGUAAUCUGUCAUCCGCUGUUGGCGCUGGCAAGAGGAUUUCCUCCAAAUGCGAAUGCCUCAGCGACGUGGCUCGGUUCCUGGAAGUCAUUGGGGUAGAAUCGGCAGAGGCGAGAGCUGACAUGCUCCUGGUGUGCGUGAGUCGAGGGAUGCAGAUCUGUAGGGAGGCGCUUCGUUGUUCAGACUGUAGUGCCCGUGGGGACAAUGGCAUGUUUCUAGCCAUUGUCUUACAACAGCUCGUGACUCUGACGCGCACCGCGUCAGACCAGCUUCUGGCUUGGACUCGCGAAAAUAGGAACUGCCAGGGAUCCGCUACCGAGAUUCACAGUCCCACCGUUUGGCUCGACCAGUACAGAAUCGAAAUGCCGGAUCUUAAGGUCCCGCUUAUUCGUCACAUCGCCUUGUUGCACUUAUUCAGUUUGCGAGAUCUAUCAAACGGCAUCAAGGAUAAAGUUAGGCCCACCAGUUUGGCGGGGCACCUAAUUACGGAUUGCGAAAGCAAUAUUGUUGAUGCCCUCGAGAUGGUUCAAGACAAGGCAUCGAAUGCGAUGCCUAUGGGUUCUGCGACUUAG